CUGUCACCCCUCUUAAUUUGGUAUGUUCCAAAGGAGACUGAAGAACAUCCGGGGCUGCACACGAGCCAUCAGUCUACAGACUGCAAACCUGAGGAAGAUAGAAGACCAAUAUUCCGUUAACAAGGAAAACGAAAAUGGUUGUGGCUGACAUUUUCCUCAGUGAAGACAUCAUUAAACUUUUACACAACAAGUUUGUUGUCAUUAUAGGAGACUCGAUUCAAAGAGCCAUCUAUAAAGAUAUGAUAAUGCUGCUGCAGAAGAACCUGUAUUUAAAAGACAAACACCUGCGAAACAAGGGUGAAAUUAGUUUUGAACGAGAUGAAUUAAUUGAAGGAGGUCGUAAAGGAUUGAUGAGCAAUGGUGUAAACUACAAGGAAGUGCGACAAUACCAUAGAGAAAAUCACCUUGUUCGAUUUUACUUUGUCACACGAUGCUACAACACCUACGUGGAGUCGAUAUUAUCAGACAUCAGUAAAGAUCCUACACCAGACAUCAUCAUAAUGAAUUCCUGUCUAUGGGACAUCAGUAGAUAUGGAAAAAAUGGUGUAGAAGAAUACAAGGUGAACAUGGUGCGACUGUUUGAUCGACUAAAGGAGGUUGUGUCUCGUGAUUGUCUCGUCAUCUGGACUGCAACUCUACCCAUCUCCAAAAAUGUUAGAGGGGGUUUCCUGAUACCAGAGGUGGAGUUCAUGAAUAGCACUCUAAGACUAGAUAUUCUAGAGGCCAACUUUUAUGCACAACAAGUUGUGUUGUCGCAUGGAUAUGACCUACUGGAUCUUCAUUACUAUUUGAGAAACCAGCUUCAUCGUAGGGCUGGAGAUGGUGUACAUUGGGAUCAGACUGCACAUCGUCGUAUGACAAAUUUACUCCUGACACAUAUAUCAGAGGCUUGGCGACAGAAACUUCCUGGACGGUGUGAGAAAAUGAGUAAAAUGAUGCAGAUUGACCAGUUUGCACCAGAAUAUGCAGGCAAAAUCCAGUUUGAAGAUGGACGUCAAACCAGAGUAGGUGUCGCCAACUCCUGGAGGUCUGUAAAAGAAAGUUCCAGAUUGAGAGAUCCUGCUUCUGAUUAUCAAUCCCCAGUAGGCAAUCUGUAUGCUUCCCACGGGCGCUCUUGGGAUCCAAACAACAAUCCUCCAUCAGAAACUGCCCCAAAUCCAGGCUCCAAUUACCAAAGAUCUUCGUUUUGCACAAGGGGAAAGGCACAGGUUAUGAACUGCAAAAGUAACAGAUGUAGAACUGAAGAGAACUUUUACUACCCGAGACAAGCACGGAGAGGCAAUUCGGCUGCAGGUGAUUGUAGCAGACCAGAGGUUUUCCGCCAAGACGUACAAAUUCCGAAAGGGAACCAAUUCCACAUGAUUGAUAUCAAUUCUAAUCCCUGUUCCCCCUUCACUUGGAGGCCAUACAGUGAGCAAGAAAUUUCAGGAUCCAGCAAGUUUAAAUCAUUUGAGAGGAAUAAGAAUCCAUACCACUACAGAAGGAGUAGGAAAAACCCACAUCACAAGAGGUUUUGAAAUCCAGAAGCCAUUUUUCUGACCAAGAUUUGUCUAGCUUCUGUUAUCACUGUUGUUGUUAUGGGUGAAAGUUUUACAUAGGACAUAGGAAAUUUUUGUCUCGGACCAAAAGGGUAUAAUUUUACAGUUGGAAAAUUAUGCACAUGCAUCCUUUAUGUGGUGUUGAUUAUUUGAUGGAGACAUUUCUCACCCUUUAACAUUAACAUUUGUGCGUUUGUUUCAUCAUCUCUAGUACCACUAGAGUACAGUAUGUCAAAUUGAUAACCGUGACCCUUUGGGCAUUCCACUACAAGGAAUAAAGUAUUCUAGGGAUACUGUUGAAAGAUUGACUCAACAGCCACAAGCAUAUAUUUUCAUUCAUUAAUCAACAAGUAAAUUUCUUCAAAGCAUUCGAAGAUCAGUAGGGUUUAUUUUAUUAUUUUUGUUCGAAUUUGUUUCUACGUGGCAAUGGUGGAACCAUGGUGUAAAGUUGACCAAAUGUCCAGGUGAGCAAUCUGGCCCAUGGGCAUCUUGUGUUUUUAACCAAAUGUAUGAUGGAGCCUAUUAAAGCUAAAUUGGAAUAAAGUUGCACAAGAAAAAUUCUCGGGAAGGUUUCGUACUGUGAAAUAUGUUUUUUACAACAAUUUUUUUCCAGUUUGGUCAAAAAAGAGAAGCAAACAAAAUUGUGGAUGCUUGUGUGUUUCAUAGCAUGUAAUACAGUCAGUAUUACUGUAACAUUUUUUCUUCCAAACCCAUUGUCAAUGAAAUUGUUGUGUUAUUUGUAUAUGCAUUAUAUAACAUGCAUAGAAUGUGAAUAAGGUUUCCUUGUGGUUGUCUAUCUGAACUAGAUUACUCCAGAACACUGCAUUUGUCUUCUGAAUGAUGGCAUACUAACUCGGCUUUAAAGUUUUUCUUCAUUUUGUAGAGUUAAUUCUUUGUGAUAUUGAAGUAGUUUAUUCCAGUUCAUCCUUUUCUCUUGUUUACUAUAUUAAAAGUAAUGUAAUGUAAACUGUAGUAGAAUA